AUGUCGGACGUUGCAGCCUUGGAGGCGGAGGUCAAGGAAUUCAAACUUCAGCUUGAAACUAUCCAGUCUAGCUUGCAGGUAGAUCCCGAUAACACAGAACUGCAAAGUCUCAAAACUGAACUCGAAGAACUUAUAACCCUUACCGAAACUGCCAUUGCCGAACUUGCGCCAUCUGCACCCAUCGCAUCUAAGCCUCAGCAAUCCUCAGCCAAGAACGCAUGGUCAAGAGAGCCUGGUCCCGGAAAACCGGCCACCGAUCACGAUGAAACCCCACCUGCGCCUGUUUCGUUCGCUGUCAACGAUAAUGUUCUGGCCCGCUGGGUGUCGGGAGAUGGUUCAUUUUAUCCGGCGCGCGUCACGUCUAUCACAGGAUCAUCCAGUAACCCUGUUUAUCUCGUGUCGUUCAAAUCCUACGGCACUGUGGAGAACUUGACGGCCAAGGACAUUCGAGCCGUCUCCGGCACUGAUUCGCGUAAGCGCAAGGCUGAUGGCACUCCAGGAAGCUCGGCGUCGCCAUCACCCGCUCCGCCAUCCUAUUCCAAUGUGAUCUCAGCCGCAGCCGAUAUCAAUCCCACUUUGGCCAAUCAAGCUCGCAAUGAACCCAGCAAGGCCACCGAUGGGCCAGCUCGGCCCGCCAAGGCUGCGCGAAAGGUCAAGGCGAACAAAGAACUGGAGGCGGGAAAGAAUAAAUGGCAGGACUUUGCAGCCAAGGCCAAGGGCAAGACCAAGAUUGGCAAAAAGGAGAGCAUGUUCCGCACGGGCGAUGGAGUGAAUGCACGAGUGGGAUUCACUGGUUCCGGACAACAGAUGCGCAAGGACCCUACUCGCACCCGUCACAUAUACCAGCAGACUGACGAGGAGGGCUACUGA